UUUAUCACCAGUAUAGAUAAAGUUAAAGUAACGGCGCGCGCUGACCGACAAAUCGGUUUAGUUUAAUGCCGGGAAAGCUGGGUUUAAAUACAUGACUCGUUAGCUAACCUUAGCUAGCACUGACUAGCCUGGGUGUCGGUCGUUAGCAAGAUGAACCAUUAUUAGCAAUCUAGCUAACAGCAUGACGCUAGCAACAUUAUGAUUUCUGUUAUUAAAUCUUUUAAAGUACGUGGAAGAAAAUGAACUAACGUGAUCUCUUUUUAAAAAGGACAACUAGCUAGGUGGCUAACAGACUAGCUUAGCUAACCGUGUCCACCCGGCUAACUUAGCUAGCUCUCGGAAUUAGCCACGUCGCACGGGCCUAAUGACGUUAGCUAGCGGAAACCGAGUUAUAACACCGUAAUUAUGUGCGCUUUUAUUUUUAAACACAAACAGACAAGUUGAGCCACAAUGCUUGUGUUUUAUGGAGCUGCUUAGUUUUGCGGAAAGAUUUUUUUGUUUUUUAUUUUGUAGAGGAAAUUUUAAUUUCUUAUACAUGCGCGCGCUGUUAUUAUGGUUGUGUAAUAACAAACGAGGCACGCGCAUUUACAGCGCGUGACACACAAAAAUGUUGUGUAUUGCUGUGUUUCUCUUGUCCAGUGUUUUGUGGCAGAGUGUGUGAUCUCCUCUGUGUGUGUGUGUGACUUCAGUGCCUGUGUUUUUAUGAAUGGGUGAAAACCUCGAACUGGAUAUGUUCCUCUACAGUCAAUUAGCUGCUCAUUCACUGCAAAUUCGUCUUAUUGUUUCCUCUCCUUUCUUUCUUUCAUGUUCUUUCUUUCUUUUCCCCCUCCUCUGUCAUCUUUCCCACAAAUCUGCACUGUUGUUGUUAGCUUUACUACAGAGGACAAGCGACUAAAAGCCACUAAAAAUCUCCCAAAAAAUAUCAUGGAAUGACGUCAUACUCAUUUGCAUAUCAAAACUUGGCACGAAGAAGGAAGUAUACGAUAGUGGAGAUAAAAAAAAUCUCAAUAGAAAAUUAGUAAACACUGGGGGGGGUUAGAUGUUACGGGAAAAUAUUCAACUACAGGAUGAUGUGAUGAAGUUCGUCGAAGUUCGCUAUGGAAACGAUACGGAGCACAGAUAUAAACCUGCACUACAGUCAGAGCUGCUGUCAGAGAGAAUUAAUCAACACCCGAUCCACCAAUCAGAGGCCGGGACUCUCUGUGUGACUUAUUUCUUGUAGUAUGAGCGGGUCUUGAAUGCGGUUUGUUCCUCCUGACCUGGUGGAGCCAUGAUGGAAGACCCGAUCACGGUGGAAGGCUCGUCUGCGGAGGGCGACGCCAAGCCCGGCAUGCUCCAGAAGCUCAAGCUAAAUAUAUCUAAGACCGUGCAGAAUAAAGUGGAUACAAUUUUGAGAGAUGUACAGCAGUUUACAGACAACGACAAACUCUACCUUUAUUUACAGCUCCCCUCAGGUCCGAGUGCAGGUGAGAAGAGCAGUGACUCAAAUGCAGUAAACACGGCCGACCAGCUCCACACCUGCAACUGGAUUCGGAGUCACCUGGAGGAACACACUGAUACCUGCCUGCCUAAACAAGAUGUUUACGAGACGUACCGGAAACACUGUGAAAACCUGCAGCAGAGGCCACUGAGCGCUGCCAACUUCGGCAAGAUCAUCAGAGACAUCUUCCCCAACAUCAAGGCUCGCAGACUGGGCGGCAGAGGGCAGUCCAAGUACUGCUACAGCGGGAUCCGCAGGAAGACGGUGUUAAACAUGCCAUUGUUACCCAACCUGGACCUAAAGAACGAUCCGUCCGAGCUGACCGAGCUGGUGCAGACAUACAAACAGGAAGUGACGGAAGCGGCGUGCGAGCUGAUCUGUGACUGGGCUCAGAAGAUCCUCAAGCGCUCGUUCGACACGGUGGUGGAGAUCGCACGCUUCUUAGUGCAGGAGCACAUCGUGAACCCGCGAUGCAGCCAGGCCGAGCUGGUCACCUCCGCAUCGCUCGCCGGAGGUCCGGCCAAACCACACAAAGUGAUUAAAAAGAACCCGACGACGUCCAGGGGGAGUGCAGCAGAGGAAGAAAGCACCGGUCAGGACACUAAGAAGGAAGAAAGCGAGCAGGUCGUGUCUGUGAAGCAUCUUACCAACGACAAAUCGGCUAAGGCUCCCGAGCUCUUGCGUUAUGGAGACCGUGAGAUGCAGGUGGAAGCUCUGGUCAAGAAACUUCCUCAGCUCCGCCCUCGUGGCUCGAUUCCAGAAAAACCUCUGCUCUCCGUUCAUGCCCCUGCGCCCGCCUUCACGCCGAAUGACUCUAGCAGCGUCCAGGUGACUCUACCCAUCACCGUGGCAACGCUCUCGCCCCAGCAACGUGGCUCCGCCCUCCCUCUCAUGAUCCUGCCUCCUUCAGUGACCGUUUCCACAGCGACACCGGUGACGACGGCGUCUAAACGGGCAUCCGAUUCGUCCGCUGUGGGCCCGGGCCCGCCCCUUAAACGCAAACGGGGUCGACCCAGGAAGCAGAGACCGGAGGAAACGGUGGCCGCUCAGAAUGUUAGUCCGAAUCAGAACCUGAACCCCAACCAGAAUCUCAGUCUGAAUCCAGUGGUGCUGAACAGAGGCGUGAUCCAGAAGGCUCUGUCCUCUUCUUCCUCCUCCUCCUCGUCCUCGCAAGUGACCGAGACGGUGCUGCAUUGUAAAGCCGAGGAACCUGAUUCGCAGCCCGUCGUCCUCCUGCAGGAACCGGGCCGAGCCAUGGUGAUCCAGCGUGCCCCCAUGUCACGGGAAAACCGUCCUGUUAGCCAGGUGCAUCUCCCUCCUCCUACUGUACACGAGGACAGGGACCUAGUGGAGAUCACACUCACUCCCAUCGACUCCUUGGUCACUGCAGACGAUUCGGUUUGCAGCGUGCCUGAGACCAGCCCGGGGGAGGGGGAGGUCCCGUAGCCGCCCACCCUGUGUGUGUGUGUGUGUGUGUGUGUGUGUGUGACUAACACGUCAGAUUGUUCAGUUCAGAUUGCAGUCUCUGUAUCUUUGGGUGUGGUUUUUUUCGUCUGUUCCCUAAAAAACAAUCUGUUGAGGUGGAUGAUGAACGCACAGCAGUAGGAGGAGCCAAAAACAAAAUGCACAGAGUCCAUGUUCUCUUCAUCGUUCAGGUGCCAAAAUUUACAGUUUAGCCGUAGCAUUUACAUUUUAUACCCGUUGCUAUGACGAUAUGGGAGCGACUAGACAGCCAUGCUGUUCAUGUGUGUUUUUCCCCCAAACUAAAGCACUGGUUUCAAACCAGACGUGAAAGAGCUACUUCACUGAGUGGGAGAGGACGUGUUCGUGAAAUCACAGCUUCAGCUGUGGAGCAGAUACCCAACACGUCUCCACUGACUGACCGCGCUUAUGACCGAGGGACAUUUGAUUGGUGGCCGAAUUGUAGCUUUAACGCACUUUUAUUACACAGUGAUCCGGAGUGGAGGAGGACGCUGGGCCAAGUGGCACCCUGACCAUCACUCUGUGUGUGUUGACUGAUCUGGGUGAUGGACAGAGUGUGUGUUAAGGUCACGUAGGUGAUGUCCAGUGCUAUUACGGGUUUGUAAAUUGAGGGCUUUUACAGCGUGUCUCUCUCUCUCUCUCUCUCUCACCUUCAGUCUCUUUCUCUCCCUCUCUCUUUCUAACUUCAAACUGCAGUGACAAAGAUUUAUAGAAAAAGCAUACUCACUCACACACACACACACACAGUGGAUGUAAAGUUUUAAUUUGGUUCUUUUACAGGAGUGAUGGAUUUUAUUGUUCAGUGUGUAAAUAGUUUUCAGUGAGACUCGGUUGCAGUGAAGGUCAGCAUGCGGUGCGUCUGCUCUCAACUCUCGGACAGCGCCCCCUAACCCCUCGUCCACUUCAGGUUAGGGAAACCUCUGAAGAAAACACCUGGCAGCUGUUCAGAACACAUCCUGACCCGAAGUGACCGAGUUUUCACUUGCAGAUACGCCACGAGAGCCGUCUUCAUUUUCACCCCAUAAAAAAAAACCCACAGGAGUCGACCUGCACGUGACUCUGAAUGAUGGACAGUUGUGAAUUCUCUGAUUAUCAAGUGACCCCCCCCACUACUGGAAGCCCCGCCCCCUUUCCCUUCACAUUAGUAUGGUUUGUUCUGCUGUCCUCGUCCGGCCUCGGUGCGGGUGUUCGGGGCUCGCUGGACACUUCAGGAAGCCCUUUUCUUUGCCAGAAGAAGAUUGCAGUGAUGUAGUGCAAGGCAGCUAAUGCUAACUGUUUAACUGUUCAACAAACUGGUGUAAGAUUCUUAUUAAAUUAUUCUAAUCAGG